AUGCCUCCACAGUCAGCCUCUGCACUGGGGAAGCCAGAAUCUAACUCAGACGGUGCACAACUUUUUACUUGGGAAGAGAUUGGAAUUCACUCUGGUCAGAAGAACUCCAAAGAGGACCGAUGGCUGGUCAUCAACCGGAAGGUUUACAAUAUAAGUAUCUUCUGUAACCAGCAUCCAGGAGGAUCCCGUAUUAUCAAACACUUUUCUGGACAAGAUGCCACGGAUGCUUUCACAGCCUUCCACAAGAAUGAAACUCUGGCGAGGAAAUACCUGAAUUCACUGCUGAUUGGAGAGCUAGCAGCUGAUCAACCUUGUUGUGAGCCCAGCAAAAAUGUUCUGCUGGUAAAGGAUUUCCGUGAUCUGUUCUCUACUGUCAAAAAGAUGGGACUCAUGAAAUCCAAUUAUCUCUUCUUCCUCCUCCUGUUCCUGCAUUGCUUGCUGAUUGAGAUUACCUCCUGGUUCAUUAUCUGGUACUUUGGAGUUUCCUGGGCUUCUUUCCUAAUAGGAAUAGUGAUGUUUGCAACUGCUCAGACCCAGUAUGGAUGGUUCCAACAUGAUUUGGGGCAUAUUUCAGUUUUCCAGAAACCCAAAUGGAACCACCUUUUCCAGUCAAUUAUGAUGGGCAUGCUUCAGGGUGGGUCAGCCAGCUGGUGGAACCAUAGGCACAACCAGCACCAUGCCAAACCCAACUGCUUCCGCAAGGACCCUGAUAUAGACUUGCAUCCUCUGCCGUUCAGCCUGGGGAAGACACUCUCUGUGCAGCUCGGAAAGAAGAAGAAGAAAUACUUGCCUUACAAUUACCAGCACAAAUACUUCAGCCGUGAGUUGCUCUACCAUCUUCUAGAAACCAAGUAUUCCAACUUUGUUGCUCCAGGUACGAUUGUUCCUUUGUUUCAGACGGUUACAUUCCACUUCAUUUACACAAGGAAAAUGUGGUUGGAAUUAGUUAUGAUUCUGCUCUACAACAUCCGUGUCUGCUUCAUGUAUGUUCCUUUAAUGGGAUUUAAGUGUUUCAUGGCAUACUACUGGCUGGCCAGGUUCCUGCAAGCUUGUUGGUUCAUGUGGGUCACACAAAUGAACCAUAUUCCAAUGAACAUCGACUACGAUAAGAAUUUGGACUGGGUUUCUGCUCAGCUGACAACAACAUGCAAUGUUGAUCCAUCUCUGUUCAAUGACUGGUUUACUGGACACCUGAAUUUCCAGAUAGAACAUCACCUUUUCCCAACGAUGCCUCGACACAACUACUGGAAGGUAGCCCCCCUGGUGAAAUCCCUCUGUGCCAAGCAUGGCCUUAAUUACCAGAGCAAGCCUCUGCUCACAGCCUUUGCAGACAUUUUAUGUUCUCUAAAGGAGUCAGGAGAGCAUUGGCUUGAAGCCUAUCUAAACGCAUCAGAAAAAAAAGACAGAUCUUCAAGACAGAUAACUUCUUUACGCUGUGAGGCAGAGGUUCAACAUGAAGAAGAUUCAUUUGGGGGAAAAGAUGGCACUUGCUUUGAGUAUGGGCAACCCAGAUUUCUACGUGAAAUAUUUUCCGCUGCAGCUUCACACACUUUCAAUGGAUCAUCAUCCUCUGAUGCCUGAUAACUGAAGUCUCAGGAAUGAAUCAGGCAGAGAAAGAAUACUAAGGCCUAGGGGAAGCAGUUCCUAUGUACUGGAUAUGUGCAAGAAUGUGGGAAAUAAUUGAUUUUAGAUUGGAAGGUUCCUGGACUUCUGGAUUUGGUUCCAACCAGAGGCUUGCAGGCUUCACUCUGCAUGUUGGGAAAGGCUGUUAUGAAGGGACACUAUUGUACCCCUCCUGGGAACCUCGAGGCAUGGUUAUAAAUCAGGCAGUUUCUAAAGAAAAUCACAACUGC